AUGUUUGGUCAAAUUACAAAAGUAGGCGUUUUCCGCCUCAACUAUCGACUACCACUUGCUUCUUAUCAAGGUCUCAGAUUUGCUGGCCAUUCCAAAUGGUCCAACAUCAGGCACGACAAGGCGAAAAACGAUGCUAAAAAGUCCAAAGAAGCGACUUUAAUCUCGGAUAAAAUUGCCAGCUGUGUACGUACUGGUGGUGUUGAUGGUAAUGCCAAUUUGGAGUCAUUGAUUGAGAGGGCUAAGAAAUUGAAUGUGAGCAAAACGGUAAUUCAAGGUGCGAUUAAGCGUGGUUCAGGUAACAUUGAUAAUUCACUGGCUAAUAGUGAGGUAAGUUAUGAAUUUAUGGGUCCCCAUGGUAUAGCGAUGAUUGUUUCUGCAGUGACUGAUAAUAAGGCAAGAACAGUUAUGAGGGUCAAGAGCGCAUUGCAAUAUUUUUCUGCGUCAAUGAGCCCGUGCAAUUAUAUGUUUGAAAAGAAGGGCGAGAUUUUGUUCAAGCCCAAGGAUAUGCAAAAUGUCGAAGAGUUUGACCAUGUAAUGGAUAUGGUUAUAGAAUUGGGUGCUGAAGAUAUUGAAGAGUUUGAUUUUGAAGAUGAAGUUAAACCAGAUGUUGUACACAAAAUCUACAGGUUGAUCUGUGACCCUAUGGAUAUUCAUCAGAUAUCCAAUGAGUUGGGUGCCAAAGGUUACAAAAUUCACGACAGUUCAAUCCGAUCCUUGGCUAAUCCAGAUGUUGAAGUAGAGUUUCCUGAAGCAGAUUCAAAGGGGUUUUUGAAGGCCAUUGAUGCCUUGGACCAAACACCAGAAGUUACUGAUUACUUUACAAAUAUCAAGGACGAACACGAAACGAGGAUAAAGGAGUCAUUGAAUUAA